AUGGCGGAUGCCGAUUGGAAACAGCGCGUUGGCAUAGACAUCGACUUUAGCACCGAUGAAGAGGACGAAAGCGAUGGAACCGAAACCGUGUGCAGCAAUACCGAAGCCGGCUCACUUCCGUUUCGCGGUGACGAUCGUACGGACUCGACCGAAUCGCAGGACCUCGAGGAAGCACUGCACGCGUCCUCGAUCGACGAAGUGCUGAAUCAGUGGGCCGACCAGUAUGGGAGUACACCGCCCAGGACACGCAUAAAGAACAAAAACCGCAGCAACAAGCAAAGGAUGGAAGGAACGGUAAAGAUGCGAACCGGUGGCCGGUUAGCUCGCCCUCGAAAUGACCGGCGUAACACCGUCGACUGUGCGAUUCUGAAUCAAAUGAUCAUGGAACCGGCCAACGGCGAGGAGAAGGUCCGUAGUGACAAACGCUCGACGCAGCUCCUGCGGGAAUCCGAACGGGAUAUCAAAAUGUCGGCUGCCGCUACGGUGAUGCCUAUGCGGUCAUCAGCCAACUACGGAAUUCAACUGGCACCUCAAGGUCUGGCAGCACAACCUGUCCCUUUGCCGGGGCAACCGGUCAAGUUUUCGUUGGAAGAACGAGCUGACAGCUUGCCACUUAUGUUGGGCAACCUCGGUGGAGGAGUCGACUAUGCGGCAACGGCUGCAGCUCCACCGACCCUGAUCGAAUCGUGUAAUCGCUUCAUGAGCGUCACCUCGCGUCCCGUGGGUUGUCGAAUUUCGGCCCCUUCGGUUGCGUACCGUGACAUCAUCUUCUCCAGCCAACCGGGUGUCCUCGAAGGCAUUGGAACGCGGAAAGUCGACACAGCGAUACCCCAGAACCGGAUCAAUUUCCAUGCCACCUUUUCCGAUCUGAUUAAGCUCGGUAGCGUGGAUAAGGAACGAGCCACGAGGGCCGGUGUGUUGUCCAACGAGGAGCGCCUGUGGCAGACGCAGGUGAACGAUCUGAUCUGGCUCGAGCUGCAGGCCUGGCACGCGGAUCGUUCGAUCGAACAGCAGGACCAGUUGCUGUGUCAAGCGCGACAGGAAAUCGGCGAGCUGCUCGAUGAGAUCAUGCGCUUCCGGUUCCAACGGAAAUCACCCGCCGUGUACCGGGCUACGAGCGCGACAAGCACCGCGACGGAUAGUGGCAUCGAAUCGGCCGGUCCAACGACCGCCGGGACGGACGAAGAGACCCGGUUCUGCUUCGGAUGUCUUUCGAUGUACUGCAAGGAUUGCCUAGAAGUGCAGUCGGCCGCUAUGAAGCAGGUGGAGGAUCUGCUGUUGCGGCUCGAAUCGAAAGAGUGCCUGUUUCCGUCGUCUCGCGCGAUGGGAAUCGCAUUUCCGGUGUACCAGAGCGAGGCGUUCAUUAACCGCGUGAAGGCGAUGUGCUUGUGGUACAACGUGACCCGUCAACACCGCAUGACGCUGCUUAUUCUAGGCAAACUGUUGGCCCGUUUGCAGGGUCCGUCGAGGAAGGAAACCUCUAUCCAGUGGCCAAUCAUGGAGAGCCACGCGGAAAGUUCGUCCUCGUCGUCGGUGAACGAUGAGAGCGGUAGCAGUGCGGAGAACGGAUCGCAUGAUAGCAACGGCAGCAAUGGCAUUCGAAUUCCGGGUCGUGUGACUCCUCCAAGCAGUACUAGUGGUCAGUGCACGAAACGGGUGCAGUUUGUUGAGAAUGGAUGGAGCCACGGUGAUCCUAGCACCUCGGAGAGUGUGAACAGCGAUGAUACAGAUUUUUCCGACCUCUCGAUGGAGCGUCAGCGGACUUUCCCAGGUGACACGGAGUACGGGCGGUAUAUGAACAAUUUGAACUUCUACAACGAGCACACGCUGGCUGAGCUGUCCGCACAGUCACCAAGCAGCAUGGGCAAUGCGCUGUACCGGACGUACAUCGAAAAUGUGCUGAAGAGCCGUGGGCUGGGAAAAUCGCUUACCUUUUUGCACCGGCUUCACAACGUGGUGCUGCGGAAGGCACAAUUAACACUGGAAAAGCAGGACCGAUUACAGGAGGACGAUUUUCUGUUCGAUGAGGAGGACAUCCCAUGCAUCGAGCCGCCACUCGAGCGCGAACAAGAGAUCGAACUGCGACGGUACGGGGCGUGGAGUCAGGAAGCGAAGGAACUGAAUCUCCCCUCGUACGUGUCCGCGUUUCUGUUCCUGUCGCUCAUUCCGCUCGAGGUCAUACACGAGUUUCUGAAGAUGCGGCUUGAAACGCGCCCCAAGCAACCGAACCCGCUUAGUCUGGAGCAGCACAUCAAAGAGCUGAAGGAGGGUCUCACGCUGGCCAUGAUCCACCGGGAGCGCUUCCAGAAGCACGUUAACACGGCCCUAACCGAUCGGGAGCAGGAGCUCGAUAAGUACAUUCACCAGAUGGAGCUUUUUGAUGAGGCAGUGCGGAAGAUUUUCGAACUGUAUCUGGAUCUGUGCGAGCAGUGGAUUCUGGACACGGUUCCGGAGGGCCAUCAAAAGGCGACACUUGACGAGGAGUGGCGCUUUACAAAGCUCAUCAGCCCGAUGAUCCCGCACCAGCACGGACCGGCGGCAAAGCGGUUCUGCUACAUCGUCGAACGCAUCCUCGAACGAACCGGGAGCGAACUGAUGCGCCAGCUGAAGGAGCUGCUCGAGAAGAGCCAGCAAAUCGAGCAGACGACGGAGAAAAAGUGGCAGUUUUUCGCGCUCUGCCGCGAAACGCAGCGGCUCUUUACGUCGUCUCGCGAGAAGGCCCUCAAAACGAUGGCGUUUGCGAAGACGCUUUUCCGGGAUCUGGAGCACGCUGAUUUCCACCGUGACCACUGUGAGGAGGACGCGGACGGCUCGAUGGUGUCGUGCGGGAAGGACACCGACGAUGACGAUCUCGAGCUGAAUGGUGUGGUGCUGCGAAGUGGCAGUCUGAGGCGGAGAUGCCAUCCACCGGUUAACCGGAGUCCGGUCUGCGCGGAUGUGGCCGAAAGCCUGCAAAUGUUGAAAAGGAACGCGCUGCUGUUGCGCAACAAGCUGGCUGCCGUGAUCGAGGAGUUGCAGUUGUUGUGCUCGGACGAGAACCUGGAGGAGUUUGAUGAAAUUGACCGUAUCGGGGCACUGACGCGGGUGCGCGAGAUCCUUCACCAAGGCUACAAGUUUGGGUUUGAGUACCAUAAGGACGUGGGCCGGUUGUAUGAGACCAAGCUGGACAACUGCCGGGACUGCGAGUCGGAGCUGAUGCUGGCGAAGGCGAUUAUUCAGUUCGCGAAGCUUUGGAUGAACUUCGUGAUGGAACGGUGCGAGCGGGGUCGUGGUUUACGGCCCCGCUGGGCCAACCAGGGGUUGGAGUUCCUGAUUGCGGCGUGUGAUCCGCUCUGCACGAGCCACCUAACCGACGCGGAGUUCGAGGAUUUGAAGCUCAAGAUGGACGCCUGUAUUUCGCACGUGAUUGGUAACAUCCGGGAACCGGAGCGCAUCCGGAAGUCCCCACGAUCACGAAAGUCCUCGCCUUCGCCAUCGGCGGUGGCGGUUGUGGCCGCUGGCGCGACCGUUAGUGGCGUCGUGACGACUGGCCGGGCAUCGAUUCCGAUGGUCAGCCUUCCGAGCAAAGCGUUCCACAAUCAGCUCAGCUUGCGCGAGGAUAGCGUGACGUUACGGUCACACGGUUCGCACGACACGAUUGACACAUUCCACAAGCAAACGUCCUGCGAUGGCGUGAACGAGGUGAAGCUGCGCGUUCCGGUAGGACACGGAAUGGACACGGCUCAUGGGACACGCCCGCUGAGACAGCUGCGAGUGCGCGAUGCGGUCAAUAAGCUCGAUUCCGAGCUGGACGAGUGGUUGCGCGAGCGGAACCUGAUCGGUAAUGUGAAGGAAAUUAGCUACUACAAUCGAACGAUGAACCGCGCACGAAGCGUCAACUUUAGCUGGCACCGGGGCAUCAAGAUUGGCCAGGGACGCUUCGGGAAGGUGUAUACGGCGGUCAACAACUCAACCGGUGAGCUGAUGGCGAUGAAGGAGAUCGCCAUCCAGCCGGGAGAAACGGCUGCGAUUCGGAAAGUAGCGGAAGAACUCAAAAUUUUCGAGGGCAUCACUCAUCAGCACCUGGUGAAGUAUUACGGCGUGGAAGUGCAUCGGGAAGAGCUAAUUAUCUUUAUGGAGCUUUGUCCCGAGGGCACGCUGGAGAGUUUGGUCGAGAUUAAUGGCGGACUGCCGGAAGUGGAAACGCGUCGCUACACGCACCAGCUGCUGUCUGCGGUGGCCGUGUUGCAUCGAAAUGGAGUCGUACAUCGGGACAUAAAGACGGCCAACAUAUUUCUGCAUAAGGACGGCAACUGCUUGAAGCUGGGUGAUUUCGGAUCAGCCGUGAAGAUUCAGGCUCACACCACGAUGGCGGGUGAGCUGAAGGGUUACGUCGGAACGCAGGCAUACAUGGCACCGGAAGUAUUCACGAGAACAAAUACUGAGGGCCACGGACGAGCCGCAGACAUCUGGUCCGUUGGUUGUGUGGUAGUAGAAAUGUGCUCAGGACGUCGACCGUGGCAUCAGUUUGAUUCAAACUUUCAAAUCAUGUUUAAAGUGGGCAUGGGCGAAUCACCGGAGAUUCCGGCCAACCUAUCUGAGGAGGGAAAAGAUUUCGUCGGUAUCUGCCUGCAGCACGAUCCAAAGGAUCGGCAGAAAGCGGACGAGCUGUUGCAACACAUGUUUUGCAAGAUAACUUUCUUCGAUUCGGAAGCAAUUGACAAGAAGCUACGUGGAACAUUCCGGCGUAAUUUGAAAGCUAGUUUAUCCUAGUGCUCAGCAACAAGAACAAAAACGGAUCUACGCAAUGAUUCUGGCCAGUGCUUAAUAUCUGUUAACGGAUGGAAGUAACGGGUGGAUAUUGGACUAUAAAUUACUUUAAAGAGUCAUACUUAAGACACAUGGAACAUUUUUAUGUAUUAUGCGGCAGAACGUGUAGGGAAUUCAGGAUCUAGAUUUAAGAUUUUAAUUGCGCAGGAUACACAUACUGAUAGAUGUAUUGCCUUGUCACGAUUCUAUACAAACCGACGAUCAAGUGGAAGCACUUAAAAGAAACGGGUUAUUUAUAACGAACGUAAUUUGUAUCAAGUACCUUAAUAUACUUAAAAUAAUACCAUGCAGCAGAAAUAAAG